UUCUCAGCCGGUGGAUCCCCGAGUGCAGUCGUCCAGCCCCUUAAGAGCGGGUGUGUAGGGACCCCAGAGCGGACAGCGCCCAGAGCCGGGAAGGGAACGAGCAUCAUGCGUGAGAUCGUGCAUAUUCAGGCGGGCCAGUGCGGCAACCAGAUCGGCGCCAAGUUUUGGGAAGUCAUCAGUGAUGAGCAUGGGAUCGACCCCACUGGCAGUUACCAUGGCGACAGCGACUUGCAGCUGGAGCGAAUCAAUGUCUACUACAAUGAAGCCACUGGUAACAAAUAUGUACCUCGGGCCAUCCUGGUGGAUCUGGAGCCUGGCACCAUGGACUCAGUCAGAUCUGGGCCAUUUGGCCAAAUCUUCAGGCCUGACAACUUCGUGUUUGGCCAGAGCGGUGCCGGCAAUAACUGGGCAAAGGGCCACUACACAGAGGGAGCAGAACUGGUGGACUCCGUUCUGGACGUAGUCAGAAAAGAGUCUGAGAGCUGUGACUGUCUCCAGGGUUUCCAGUUGACCCACUCGCUCGGGGGCGGAACAGGGUCCGGGAUGGGCACGCUGCUCAUCAGCAAGAUCAGGGAGGAGUACCCCGACCGCAUCAUGAACACCUUCAGCGUCAUGCCCUCCCCGAAGGUGUCAGAUACCGUGGUUGAGCCCUAUAACGCCACCCUGUCUGUCCACCAGCUGGUGGAGAACACAGAUGAAACCUACUCCAUUGACAAUGAGGCCCUCUAUGACAUUUGCUUCCGUACCCUUAAACUGACCACCCCCACAUAUGGAGACCUCAACCACCUGGUGUCAGCCACCAUGAGUGGGGUCACCACCUGCCUGCGUUUCCCCGGCCAGCUGAAUGCAGACCUCCGCAAACUGGCCGUGAAUAUGGUGCCCUUCCCACGGCUGCACUUCUUCAUGCCUGGCUUUGCCCCCCUCACCAGCCGUGGCAGCCAACAGUACCGUGCUCUGACCGUGCCCGAGCUCACCCAGCAGAUGUUCGACUCUAAGAACAUGAUGGCCGCCUGUGAUCCCCGCCAUGGGCGUUACCUGACUGUGGCCGCCAUCUUCCGGGGCCGCAUGUCCAUGAAGGAGGUGGACGAGCAGAUGCUCAACGUGCAGAACAAGAACAGCAGCUACUUCGUGGAGUGGAUCCCCAACAACGUCAAGACGGCCGUGUGUGACAUCCCGCCCCGAGGCCUCAAGAUGUCGGCUACCUUCAUCGGCAACAGCACGGCCAUCCAGGAGCUGUUCAAGCGCAUCUCCGAGCAGUUCACCGCCAUGUUCCGGCGCAAGGCCUUCCUGCACUGGUACACGGGCGAGGGCAUGGACGAGAUGGAGUUCACCGAGGCGGAGAGCAACAUGAACGACCUGGUGUCUGAGUACCAGCAGUACCAGGAUGCCACCGCCGACGAGCAAGGGGAGUUUGAGGAGGAAGAGGGCGAGGAGGAGGCUUAAAUUCAAAACUGAAAACAGAUGAGGGAAAGAUUUGGGAGGAAAGAAGGGGUGGGGUGUGUUCUGAUGAAACCUCUUGGAAGUUAAAGGAAAGAAGCAUGGUGUAUGUGGGUGUGCACUGGGUCUCAGCGCUCUUCACUGUUGCCUGUCACUGUUUUUUUCUUUUGGUAGGAUCGAUGACGUCCAUGUAACAAUUGCAAUAUUUCUGAAUUACUGUGGUAAUGGCUAAACUCAGAUAAAAAUUUGUGUCCCUAA